UAUUAUUUACUCGCUUGUUACUAUUGCUAUUUCAUUUAAACAUUUGCAACCUUUAGAAUUAAUAAACACUAGAUUUAAUUGUUCCCUAGCUCCUUGUGGAUUUGAUCCCUAGGGUAAUUUGAGUGGUAUCAAUAUUGAUCUUGACAAAGUGUCGAUCGACGCUAUCAACGAGUUGUCGAUCGAUACACAUUUCAGACCGUCGGUCGAUACAACUACCGAGUUGUCAAUCGACGACCCUUCUAGCAAGCUUUAGCGAACAGGUAAACAGGUUUGAUAAGUUCACUACGAUUCCUAAAUCAGCUUCCGCUUGUUUCUUACAAUCCUAGCACAAUGUAAAUUAAUUCAGACAGAGAACCGAGAUUUUGCUUGCGUCCUAAUAUCUUUAGGUAAGGUCCUAGUUAGUUAUUCUAGAACACAUGCAUUAAGAACAAUUCCACUGAUUCAUAUUCUAACAACUUAGCAGUUCUAUAUUUUUGGCUAAUCCCUCGUAACUAUCUGAACCCUAAACCUAAUAUGUGGAUCUAUUGAGACAUGAAGUUGUCACAGAAAAUCAUAGAAAGAAUAGAUGAAUAGAAUAGAUAAAAGCAAUAAAGAAACCAAAGGAGUUCCACGAGGAACUCCUUGACUCCGAAGGAGUUCCUCCUUUCUCUCCUAACCUAGAACUAUGAAUAAAAGAAAGCGUAGCCGUCAACAAUGGCUUGGAAAACACAUAAAUAGGGUUCUUGGUCGUCCAAGGGUAUUCUAGUAAUUUGUGGUUGCUUCUGGGCUUCAGUAGGUCAUAAAAUAUGCUUGGCCCAUAUUCUGGCAUCACCGUCGAUCGAUGGUAAGGGUGCACCGUCGAUCGACAGUCCUUUAUCUCCUCAACAGCUUUCUCUCGCGAGGCAGAUUGACCACUCUUCAGUAAAAUGGGCAUAACGUCUGCUAUAGGAUGCUGAUUGACCUCAAACCGGUGCAAUUGGAAAGAUAACUCAAAGAUAUAUUUUUUAUCUAAUGAUGGAAUCAAUCUAACGGUGGGAAGGUCUCCAUCCAUAGCUAAACAUCUGACGCGUCUGUGCAGCUCUGCAAUAAAAAAUGCUCCAAAAGACACAAAAUUACCACAUUCUUCCAAAUCAUCCAUGAACCUGCAAAUACUCUAAAUAGACUCUAUAUCGUAGUAAAUAUAUAUAUUAAAACCCUUAUAAACCAUUGCCAAAAGUGGGUAAAAUCUAUGGUAUAUCAUGUUUCACUUCAAACACACCAAAAAGAAGAAAAAAAAACUAAAAACGUGAAAAAAAAAACAAAAUGUCGGCUGAUGGAAAUACUAUCGAGCUUCGGAGGUGGAUGUAUACGCACAGAGCUUCGGAGGUGGAGACAUUUAUGCAUCAAGCAGAUUCUACUCCGCUCGCCCAGGAAAGCAGUAAGAUGUUAUGUCCUUGUCGGAAAUGCAACAAUUCAAAAUUGGCAACUCAUGAAAUGUAUGUAAGCAUUUAAUAAAUAGAGGUUUCACGCCACAUUACUAUAUUUAGUAGUAGUAAUAGCAGUUUUCAGGAUGAACCGGUUUAUCAUUUGCAUAAUGAACAUAGUUACCAUCAGGAGGAGCAAAUGAUAGAGUGUGAUAGGGAUCAUGAUAUGGUAGCUGAUGCAUUUGUAGCUCAUGAUGAAGUCAAAGAACCUAUUAUAGAUGCAAAAAAGUUUGAUGAAAUGUUAGAUGCUGCGAAUCAGCCAAUUACUGUGUUUGUAGAGAAGGUCUCUCUAAAUUAUCGUUGGCUACUAGAAUGAUGAAUAUUAAAACUGAUCACAAUCUACGUGAAAGUUGCAUGGACGCAUGAGCAGACUUGUUUAAAGAGUAUUUGCCAGAAACAAUGUGUCUGUUGAUUCUUAUUAUGAGAUUCAGAAACUGGUUUAUAGUCUUAGGUUGCCUUUGGAGAUGAUAGACGUUUGCAUCGACAAUUGCAUGAUCUACUGGGAGAUGAUGAGAAGUUAGAAGAAUGUCGAUUAUGCAAGCCACGAUUCAAACCACAAGGACGAGGACAUAAUCGGGUACCGUAUCAAAGGAUGUGGUACCUACCAAUUACAUACAUAUUGAAAAGAUUGUACCAAUCUGAGCAGACUGCCGGGGGGAUGAGAUGGCAUGCCGAGCAUACUCCGACGGAUGGUGAGAUGACUCAUCCAUCAGAUGCAAGAGCUUGGAAACAUUUUAACAAAGUACAUCCAGAAUUCGCUAGCAAUAGCCGAAAUGUAUAUCUUGGAUUAUGCACAAAUGGAUUUAGUCCAUUUGGAAUGUCAGGGAGACAAUAUUCAUUAUGGCCAGUCUUUCUUCCGCCAUACAACCUGCCACCGGAGACAAUAUUCAACGGGAGUUUCUAUUCUUAACAAUUUUAAUACCUGGUCCAAAAUAUCCAAAAAGGUCUCUGGAUGUUUUCUACAACCACUGAUAAAAUAGUUGAAAGAUUUGUGGUCAAUAGGGGUGAGGACAUAGGAUUGCUCAACGAAGACGAAUUUUACGAUGCAAGCGAUGCUUUUGUGGACCAUAAUUGACUUUCCUGCCUAUAUGAUGUUUUCUGAAUGGACUGCACAUGGCAGACUAUCUUGUUCAUAUUGUAAUGGAAUGACAGAUGUGUUUCAACUGAAGAAUGAUAGGAAGACAAGUUGGUUCAAUUGUCACCAUCGAUCUCUUCCCAUUAGCCAUCUGUACCGAAGAAACAAGAAAUUGUAUAGGCAUAAAAGCGUUGUGAGAGACACUCUUCCUCCAUAUUUAAAUGGAGAAGAAAAUGAAGCGCAAAUCGAUUGCUACGGAGCUCAAGAAACCGUUCGCUGUGGUGGAAAUUGGCAUGUUCCCGGUAAUAUUGCCUGAUUUUUACGGAGUUCAGCACAACUGGCACAAGAAGAGUAUAUUUUGGGAGUUGCUAUAUUGGAAGAAUCUUCUUUUGCGCCGCAACCUCAAUGUGAUGCAUAUAGAGAAGAAUUUUUUUUUGAGAACAUCGUGAAUACAAUACUGAAUGUCCCAGGGAAGACAAAAGACAUCAUGAAAUCGAGAUUGGACUUGCCUGAUAUUUUUUCAAGAAGCGAGUUACAUAUAAAAAGCAAUGGACAAGUUUCCGUUCCGAUAUUCAGAUUGUCUUCCAAACAAAAGUCGUUGUUGUUCAACUGGGUGGCAUCAGAAGUGAAGUUCCCUGAUGGGUAUGUUUCAAAUCUCUCUAGAUGUGUUGAAAAGAGUCAAAAGUUCUCCGGGAUGAAGAGUCACGAUUGUUAUGUCUUUAUGCAAUGGCUACUUCCCUUUGCAUUUCGGGAGCUACUUCCAACAAAUAUACAUAAAGCACUUGUAGGUAAUAUAUUACGCAUUAAAUUUUUUAUUGCUCUAUUAUAUGCACAAAUAAAUAAUAUGACUAAUAAUGUGUUUAAUUGGAUUAUACAAGCCAUUGGAACAUUUUUCAGGGAUCUGGCCACACACACUCUUAAAGAGGAUUUCGUAGAACAACUUCAUGAGAACAUUCUCAUCUUAUUGUGCGACUUGAAGAAGAUCUUUCUUCCACCAUUUUUUGACGUCAUGGAGCAUCUAGCUGUCCACCUCCCGUAUGAGGCGUUGCUUCGUGGACAUGUACAUUACUGAUGGAUGCAUCAGUAUGAGCAGCUCAUGAAAUAUUUGAAGGGAAAAGCAAAAAACCUCGCCAAAGUUGAAGGUUCUAUAAUUGCUGGAAGUUCAAGAAACAUCUCACUUCACAUCGUACUACUUUGCACCAAAAGUACGUACCCGUAAAAGAGCACCAAGAAGAUAUGAUGAUGGUGGUGUCGCACCAACAUAUGUAGUUGCUGGUGUUCCAGACAUCUUUUGCCAGAUUGGGCGAUUCAGUGGUAAAUUGAAAGAGGUUUGGUGGCCGAGUGAUGAAGACGCCCAUAGUACACACACUUAUAUUCUACUCAAUUUCGAGGAUCUAUUGAUGCGUUAUUUUGAAAGGUAACAUAUAUUGAAACUUCUAAACACAUAUAUGUAUAAAUUAUAUAAUUUUCAAAUGAUUAAUUAAUAUAAAAUAUGAUUUUGCAGCCUAUUUGUUUCUCAAGUCGAAGAAACAAUUCCAUGUAUAUCCAAAAGUGAGGUAGACAGAAGGAAAGAUCAACACUUUAUUAAGUGGUUGAAGGGUCAGGUAUUAACCUAAUUUUGUAAGUUGGCAUACGUGAUCUGUAUUCGCCGUUACUAUGAUUAAUUAAUUUCAACGUUCUCUUUAUUUUUGCAGGUUGAUUAUGACGAUCUAAAUUACCCCACAUGGUUUCAUGAAUUAGUUCAAGGUCCAGUUGCAAAGAUCACCACAUCACCGAUGUAUUUCACACAAGGCUUUAUUUUUCAUACAUAUGAGUAUGGUAGACAGCGGGCGACAAAUAAUUAUGGAAUAUGUAUGAAAGGCGAAACAGAUUUCUAUGGGAUCUUGCAAGAGAUUAUUGAAGUGGAAUUUCCAGGGUUAUUGAAGCUGAUAUGUGUCCUCUUCAAAUAUGACUGGUUCGACCCCAUCAUCAACAUAGGUGUUUGAUUGAAAAAAUUCGGUGUAGUUGAUGUUAAUGGUGGACGAAAGUACAACAAAUUUGAGUUUUUCAUAUUAGCUUCGCAAGCAGACCAAGUCAGCUUCUUUCCAUACCCUCGGAUGAGAGAAUCAGAAAUCAAUUGGUUUGUCGUUAUCAAAGUUACACCUCGUGGACGAAUAAUCGGUGGAGAAGAACAACCAUUGCAAGAAGAACACAUCAAUAAAGUCGAGGAACCUGAACAACAAACUGAUGACAUCCUUCUUAUUGAUCCGCAUAAUCGUGAGUACGAAGAUCUUCCUGACGAUACAACAAACGAAGCUGUUGAAGACGAGUUUAAUGAAAAACAUGAUGUUUCUAGUGAUGGCGAGAAUGUCAAUUUUGUAUCCGAAUGAUGAUAUAAUUUUCUUUAAUAUGAUUUACUUUCAGACUUAAUGCAUGUGUUUAGUUUGUUUAAUCAUGAAAAUUAAAAUAUAGAAUUUGAUUUUGUGUAAGGCAAUUGGGGGUCUGGGGUUUAGAAAGAAGAGAUUGAGUGAUGAAGUUUAAGGAGCUUGGGGUUCGGGUUAUAGGGAUUUUCAUAUCUUCCUCGUAAAACACUCGUAAAAAAAGACACAGGCCUUGUUAUUUCUUCGUAAACUAACGAGGACUUUAUGACGAAAUGGAAAACAACUUCGUCAUAAAAUACUCGUAAAAAUAAAACGCGGGCCUUGUUAUUUCCUUGUAACAAAAACACGGACCUUAUUAUUUUCUCGUAAACUAACAAGGAAUUUACGACGAAAUUGAAAACAACUUCGUCGUAAAAUACUCAUAAAAAUAAAAUGCGGGCCUUGUUAUUUCCUCGUAACAAAAACACGGGCCUUGUUGACGAGGAUUUUACAAAGAAAACUACUUCUAUAAAUAAGCACACCCCUCCCAUUCUAAACUUACACAAAAAAACUAAUCAAUAGUUUAAAAAACCUGAAGGGAGUGCACGGUCAGCAGAACAGUUUUGAUCAGUUUCAAAUGCUAUUUGGAAUUGAUAAUGACUGUUUUGGUGCUGGUGUCUUCCUUCAGGUUUUUUUGUAAAUUGAAAAAUACUUCGUCGUAAAAAGAAAAUGCAGGCCUUGUUAUUUCCUCAUAACAAAAACACGGGCCUUGUUAUUUCCUCGUUAAUUAACGGGGAUUUUACUACGGAAUUUAAUAACAUGGGCCUUGGGGUUUGGGGUUUCGGCCUAUAGGGAUUUACAUAUCUUCCUUGUAAAAUCGUCGUAAAAGAAAACACAGGCCUUGGUAUUUUCUCGAAAACACCUCGUAAAGAAAAACACGAGCCUUGCUAAUUCCUCAUAAGUUUACGUGGGCUUUACGACGAAAUAUAAAAAGAAAACGCGGGCCUUGCUAAUUCAUCGUAAGUUUACGAGGAUUUUACUACGAAAUAUAAGUCUAUAUAUAUACCCGAACCAAAUCAUUUAUCAUUUUGUUGUCAUUUCCUCUCCUCCUCAGAGCGAGGUACUCCUCUCUACUUCCUCUCUAAUUUAGCGUAGGUGGUUAGUUUAGGGUAAUUAGUGUUGAUUAGGUGGUUAUUGUAGGGAACUUGUAGAUAGGUUUAUGGAAUUUGUUGAUAAUAUAGGAUGAUGAUUUUUAAAUGUUAAUUAAUAAUAUUUAUAUGUUUUAUAUGGUUAAUAAUGAAAAUUAAAAUUUGUUUUUCAGAUGGUUCGAAAGAACAAGCUUACACCGCAUUACAUAGAGAUGUUUGGUGACCUGUUAGUCGUACAUGCGCAUCAUCUUCUUCAGCUCUCGGUUCUUUGUUUCCGGAGACUGUCCCCGCUCUCAUUCUUCUCAGAGAGUUCCACCGGUUUUUCCGUAUGUUCCGCUACCGGUUCCUUGGUUUUAUGCGCCACCCGCGCAUGAUGAUCAUUUUCCAGAGGAGGCACCUCCUCCGAUUGCGGCGAGGGAUUCAUCCUGAUUUGCUGGUGCCGCCGAGUGUUCCUUAUGCUAUGUGCACCGUCGAGGACCUUCUCGCUCAGCCAGGCAGAGAAGGUUUACCAGUCUUAGACCCCGACCGACCGGACGGAACUUUGUGGUACAUUACAUUUUUAUUGUGCAAUUAUUUUAUAACAAAAAUAAAUAAUUUAAAUACUUUUUUUGUUUUUUUUUCAGGUUUGGGGUUCUGUCACUCGGAACGUAACCGAGGUGAUCAAAGGCUACUUCCCCGAUGCUCAUCCGAACUGGAAAUUGACGCCGGACCACGUCAGAAAGACGUGGUUCAAAAUGUUCACCGUAAGUUACUAUUAAUUAAUUAUGUAAACUUUAUUUUUUAUUAUUACAACUUUUUAUUAUUUUUAAACUAAUUAUUAAUCUAAUUUUUAUUUUUACAAAAAAAAUAUCAUUGGUCCAUAGGGGUGAACGAGAGGGUGAAGAAAUCAUUUAUCGGGAAGGCGAAAGCUCGAUUGUUGGACACGGUAUCCAACUGGAAGGAUGAUUGGAUCAUGCAGGGUUAGGAGCAUGUAAAGCCUGCUGAGCUCACCACAGCUGUGUGGGAUGGCCUCAUCCGUUAUUGGGCCCUGCCAUCGUCCAUUAAAGUCUCUAACAGUUGCUCCGCCUCCUGUCAGACAAAAGAUGCGCAGGGAAACGGGCUGAUGCUUCACACUACGGGUCAAAAAUCCCACGCCGGUGUCCGUAUGGAUAUGGUAAAUAUUUUAAUUAAUUAAUUAUUAAUUUUAAUAUAUUCUAACUUCUUAAAUUUUUUUUAGGCCAAAGAGACGGGAGAACUCCCGUGUCUUAAGGAUCUUUACGAGAUGAUCCACAAGAACAAGGUUGGGAAAUUUGUAGAUCCUAGGUCCGCGCAAAUCUACAACGAGGUGGUUGCUCGGAUUGAAGACCGCCAAACCCAUCUGACCUAGCAGUCUCCCGAUGAAAUACCGGUCACAUUAUCCACACUUGAAGUGGAUUAGAUUUACGAGGAGGUAAAAAAUUUCAAAUCUUUUGUUAUUAUUAUUCAUUUAAUCUAAUUUUUUUAUCACUAACAUUAAUUUUUUUUUUAAGUUGUCCUUAAGAAAAAGGGACGUACGUUGGGGUUUGGUUCCGUCAAUGCUGUCCCAAGAGCGACAUAGUCUUAUGGUCAGAGACGGGCUGAUGAACUCACUCAGCUGCGUUUCGAGAUGAACUUGACGCGGUCUGCGUUCAGCUCGUAUGGCUUCAGUCGAGGGCUUUCUAGACGUUAUAGUGGCUGGAAAUCCUCAUUUUGAGACUAUGUUGGCGGAGAUGUGAAUGCACGAAAUCCCAUUCCAGAGCCAUCCUACACACAUGAGGAUGAAGAAGAAAUGUGGAGGAGGAGUCAGGAGUUCUUCGACGAGCUUCACAACAACAACCCUUAGUUUUUUUUUUCUUCUUUUUAUUUUGUAUUAUAAAUUUGAAACUUAAAUAUAUAUAAAAUAUUUUCGUAUUGAUUUAUAUUAUUUACAUUUUAAAGAAUUUUGAAAUAAAUUUUAAAUUUUAUUUGAUUAUAUUUUUGUUUUUGUAAUAAAUAAAGAAUCGAAGCAAAUUCGUAACUAAUUUACAUCUAAUUAACGAGGAAACUGAAAAUUGUUACCGAGGAAUUUACCAAGAAAGACACGCAGAUUCAUCCUAAAUUUACGUGUAAAUAACGACGAAAUUGAACGUCUACUUUACGAGGAAACUGUUUACGUGUACUUUACGAGAAAAUCCUUUACGUGUACUUUACGAGGAAAAAUUUUAUGUGGCUUUUAAGAGGAAAGGGUUUACGUGGCUUUUACGCGGAAAUAGUUUACGUGGCUUUUACGAGGAAAUUUUUGACCAUACUUUACGACGAAAGCUUUCCUUGUAAAUUUAUGAAUUAGCGAAUAAAUAUAUGUUACGACAAACGUUUAACGAGGAAAUGACUUUCGUAUUUAAUUUGUCGUAUAUCCUAUUUUACGACGAAAUAACCAUCGUUGUUAUAAAUGUGUUUUCUUGUAGUGAAAUUAUUUGACAUCAUUACUAAAACAUACGGUAUAAAAUUUCUUAUAAACAUACGGUAUCAUUGGUAAAACUAGACAUGUCAAAAUGGGUAUAAAUUAGUGGAUCAAUCCAAACCAAACCAAUCCAUGGACUUUAAUGAGUCAAAAAAUUGGAUAUUAUUGGAUAAUUGGGUAUAAUGGAUAAAUGGGUUUAAUGAGUUGGUUUAAAAUGGGAUGGACUGAUAUGAGUUAAUGAAUAACCCAAACCAAACCAUUCCUCUUUAAUUCAAUUAGUUUUCUUCUUCGUGCGAUAAAAAAAAAACGGGUCUUCUCCAUCGUUCUCUCCUUUCGGCGAAAGCUCCGGCGAUUUCACUUUCUUCCCAUGCGACCCUCUUGUUAAGCUUCGGCGGCGAACCUCUCGAUCACCCUAUUCGGCGGCGAACCUCACGAUCACCCUAUUCGGCGGUAAACCUCACGAUCACCCUAUUCGGUGGUGAACCUCUCGAUCACCCUCUUCGGCUGCGACCCUCUCGAAGGUCUCAUCUCGUCAUCUAGGAGGCUUGAUCUCAUCUCCAUCUGCGGUAUCCGGAAGUCUCAUCUCGUCAUCGAAGGGUUUCUUUCAGGUGAUCGUAGAGCUUUUGUAUCGUAGAGCUUCUGUUGAUGUUUUUAAUAUUGUGGGUUCUGUAUCGUAGAGAUUCUGUUUUUAGAGAAAGCUCUGAUUCUCUUCUUGCUUUUAUCUGAUUUGAGCUCUGUAUGCUGGUUUAGGAGCAGUGUUCUUUUUAGGAUUUUUUGUUUGUUUUAAAGUUGAUGAUUUGGUCGAUGAGAACUAACAUAUUUGAGUAUCUAAAACUGAUUUCGUUUUACAUUAUUUCAGUGUCUAAAAGUGAUGGAACAUGAUGAAGAAUGUUUUCCAAAUGGUGUUGGUGGUGGACCUAAUGGUGGACAAUCAUCAAGUGCAUCACAAUAUAUGCUUGUAAGUUCUUCUCAUUCAAAAAGAGCUAGAAGAUCAAAUGCAUGGGACUACUUUACAAUAGGAAAAGAUGAGAAUGGCCAAGAAAGAGCGUAUUGUAAGAAGUGCCCCAAAAACUACUUGUGGCUUAGAACUAGUAGAACUUCUAACCUCAAACGUCACUCUGAGAAAUGCUCACUUGGAUUAGAUGGUGAAAGAAAAGAGAGGAAGAUUGAUGAUAAAGUUACUAGGGAAAAAUUCAGUAGAGUAAUUAUCAGGCAUAACCUUCCUUUCUGUUCAGUUGAAUAUGAAGAACUUAGGGAUUAUCUUAGUUAUUUAAACCCAGAUUAUAAGUGCUAUACUAGGAACACUGCUGCAGCUGACAUGGUUAAAACUUGGGAGAAAGAGAAGCAAAAAUUGAAGUCUGAGUUAGAAAAUAUUCCUAGUAGGAUAUGUUUAACCUCUGACUGUUGGACUGCUUCAGUCAAAGGAGAUGGAUAUAUAGUCUUGACUGCAUAUUAUGUAGAUGCAAAGUGGGUAUUGCAGAGCAAAAUUUUGUCAUUUUGUGAUUUGCUUCCUCCACACACUGGUGAUGUUUUAGCUAGUAAAAUUCAUGAAUGCUUGAAGGAGUGGGAAUUGAGAGAAAAGUGUUCACUUUGACAUUAGAUAAUGCCACAGCUAACGAUUGUAUGCAAGAAAUUUUGAAAGAUAGGCUGAAUUUGGAUGAUAAUCUCUUGUGUAAAGGAGAAUUUUUUCACGUGCGGUGUUGUGCUCACAUCCUAAACCUUAUAGUACAGGAUGGUUUAGAUGUUAUUAGUGGUGCGUUGUCUAAGAUCAGAGAUACUGUGAAGUAUUUCAAAGCUUCAACAGCUAGAAGGAUUGCACUCUCUGAUUGUAUAGAAGGUGAUGAAGAAGCUGUCUUCUCUUUGGAUGUUCAACAUAAAUGGAAUUCAACUUAUUUAAUGCUUGAGAAGGCUUUGGAGUAUGAGCGUGCUUUAAAUAGGUUCAAAGUGGUUGAUAAAAGCUACAGACAUUGUCCCUCGAGUCAAGAGUGGAAGAGAGCAAAGCUUAUCCACCAGAUUUUGAUGCCCUUUUACUGUAUUACAACUCUAAUGUCAGGGACAAGUUAUUCUACAUCUAACUUGUACUUUGGGCAUAUUUGGAAGAUCCAAUGUUUGUUGGAAGUGAAUAGGAGCAAUGAAGAUAGCAUCAUUAGAGAGAUGAUUUCUAAGAUGAGAAUAAAAUUUGAUAAAUAUUGGGAGCAGUAUAGCGUUGUUCUAGCAAUGGGGGCUGUCUUUGAUCCUAGGAUGAAAUUUAGACUUUUGAAGCGUUGUUAUGAUGAGCUUGAUCCCUUCACUUCGAAAGAAAAGAUUAAACACCUAGAGGAUAAGCUUUAUAAGCUUUUUGAAGAGUAUAGGAAAAAGUAUCCUUUAACUCCUGUUGUGAGCUCUACAAGAGUAGACUCGCGUGUUGCUAAAAGAGGAAAGAGGAACUUGGAUGUACAAGAUGAUCUGUUCGAUUUAGAUGAUGUUCCAGACUAUUUGGAAGAAGGAAAGUCAGCUUUGGAUAUGUACUUAGAGGAUCCAAAGUUAGAUAUGAGGAGCCAUCCUAAUUUGAAUGUUCUGCAGUAUUGGAAAGAAAAUAGAUAUCGUUUUGGCGCUCUGACAUAUAUGGCAAUGGAUGUGCUUAGCAUUCCUAUAACUACAGUGGCUUCUGAAUCUUCGUUUAGUAUUGGUUCUCAGGUUAUAAGCAAGUAUCAAAGUAGAUUGUUGCCUAGUAAUGUUCAGGCUCUAUUGUGUACGCGUUCUUGGAUACAUGGUUACCUACUUGAUGAUGAAGAUAAUGGUGAAGGUGAGAUGGUUACUAUUCGAGCAAGCCCAAAUGGAGUAGAAGAAUCUGGAAGCAGCCAAAGAACUGAGAACCUUCAAUCCAAUCCAUAAUUAACUUCGACGUCCUCCACCGGCACUGGUAAGGAAGAGAUUGGUUCUGUCAAUACGAAGAGAUUCGAAAGCUUUUACGUUGGUGACGAAGAGGAGAGUCUUAAGAGUCUUUUAUAAAUCUAUGCUUUAGUUUUUAAUUUCAUGAAACUGCUGAGAAUAUGAAAAUAUUAUUGUGAAACAUGCAUUUUAUACAAUUUUCUCCAUUGUAUUAAAUUUUAUGAUUUUUAAUUUAUAAAUUAUAGAGAAAAAAAAGGUUAUAUGAGUUAUGGUAUUGUUGAUUAAUAUUGUUACUAUAUAAUAGUGAGUCAACUCAUUAAAACCACUAACUCAUUAAUCUAAAUGAAUUAGAGACUAAACCAAACCAUUAGGUAAAUGGUUUGGGUUGAACCAUAACCAAUAGAAGACUGGAUUUAUUUGGAUAUGGUUUGGUUUGGGUUGGUUUACCCAUUUUGACAACUCUAGGUAAAACAUUUGGAUAGAUAACAGAUAUCAAUUUUUUUAGUUUAAAGUUGAAGUACAUGUUUAGCAUAAAAAAUAUUUAACCAAUCUAAAAGUGAUGAUUUUCUUGGUAGAACUGCACGCGUACACUCUUUAUCUCAGUGGUUGUUCUAUUUCAACAUGGUUAACCGAACUAUCUCGAGUCUGAAUAACUUAAUAUUCUUUUGAUGUCAAUAAGAAGGAAAAUCAUAUUUGAUCGAUUUUAUUCAAACGACAUUAAAUUUGAACUAACUUGGUCCCAUUAAACUUUUUAUUUAUUUUUAUCAACGACGACCAGUUAAACAAUACUCAACCUAGUUAAUUUACAAAAUUAGCAACUGGGAUAGUGGAAGAGUCAUUGUCUUUAUUCAAAGCCAAACAGGGGAUGCGUAUCAAACGCAAAGUACAGUGGCGCAUGGAACUUAGCUAGAAAUUACGAAGAAAACGUGAACGCCACUUCUCUCUCACUAUGUAUAUAAGAAUAUGACCAUUCCCUCUUAGAUUAAGUCUCUUAUUAUCUCUUUAUCUAUUGCCAUUUAAAAAUCGAGAAGAUGUUAAAAAUACAGUUAGCAUCAUGUCCUACUUCAGAAGAAACGAAGGAACCAUUGUGUUUGCGUUGGCCAGUUUAGCGUUCAUAGCGUUUUACUGCAUCAAUUAUUGUUUCCGGCGAUGCAGAAAUCGAGACGUUGCUUUGGCGGCAGGGGACACCGAGGAGGCUGUAUUUAGUCCAAUUCGGCCACCGCGAGGGCUUGACGCUAAGGGCGUCCAGUCAAUUCCCUCGUUCAUUUACACAGAAGCUAAUGGGAUUGGGCCAGGACAUGGCGAGCUAGUAUGUGCGGUUUGUCUGAACGAAUACAAAGAGGACGAAAUGCUGCGUCUAAUACUACCUUGCGGACAUGUUUUUCAUGUUCACUGUGUGGACAUAUGGUUCUCUUAUCGCUCCACGUGUCCUAUUUGUCGUGCUGAUGUAAUUGUUGAUCCAGUCUAUUAGCCUUUGACUUUGUAUUUUUUUCCACUCUUGGCUUUGUGAAUAAAAUUUUAGGGAUUUUUGCAAAAUUGACCUACAACUUAAAGUCAAACACAAAACUAAUCUCUUUUUUUUUUGAAAAUUGGUUUUGUCCUAUUCACCCCACAAGUUCAUAUAAUUUACGAAAAUGCCAUCAAUU